AUGCUGCGUGCCGCGGUGCUGCACCCCGCGUGCCCGAUCCGGGUGCGGCUGUUCGACAGCACCCCGCACGCGUUCAGGCUGGCGCUGGCCGAGGCCGUGGAGACAGAGGUGCACACGGCGGGCAGCGGGAUCUCCCAGCAGGGCGACCGGGAGGGCAGCUGCAUGUGCGUGUUCCGCGGGGAGGCGGCGGCCAGGACCAAAGGCGGUGCGGACGGCCUCACCACCCGGACGCUGCGCGCCGCGUCGGGCAAGGCGUGGACGGCGUGGUGGGGCCUGCUGGAGGCCCUGGGCACCUGCGACAGGAGCCUGGAGGAGGUCGUCGCGGUGACCGACUGCGUCGUCUGGAGGCUGCGUCGGGAGCAGCUUGCGGAGCUGCGGGUGCGCUUCCCGAAGGAGUGCCAGCUGCUGGACAUGGCGGCCCUCGAGCUCUGCAGGGUUGUCCAGUCCAGCGCCAUGCGCAUCUCCGAGUCUCCGAUCUUCUCUGGGGCCGACCAGGACUUCGUGUUCGAGCUGGAGAGGGAGCUGGAGCCCAGGACGUGCCCGGCGGGCCACGUGGUCGUGCACGAACACGACCCCGGGGACUGCAUGUUUUUCCUCGCCCGGGGCGCAAUGUCGGCGCGGCGGACGAACGGCCGGCACGCGGCCAGGACGUCCAGGACCGUCGGCGACCUCGAAGACGCCCACCAGAAGGACAACGUGGGAGUGGUGCUGCUGAGGACGGACUCCUCACCGGGGGAGCAGUCUUGCCGCAGCGUGCCUCCGAAGUCCGAGGAAGUGGAGGAGCUCUCCCAAGGACGCGCGGGCUGA